AUGGCGAUCCAACGCAAGCGGGGUUCCAGUACCUUAAGCACAGCCCAUCCGGAUGCAGCGACCGACGCAACGACUAUCCUUACCACGAGGCAACAAGAAAAGCAAUACAGACCUCCAAUCCCCGAGCCGGACUACGACCGCGAGCGUCCCUCUGCCUAUACAAUCGAUCAGGCGUACGCAUGGCUAGAGUACCACGCAAGCAGCAUCAGCGUGCGCAACAACAGACUCUUCGUUCAGGGCAAAGAAAGGGGAUCAAGUGAUGCUUUCCGCAUGAUUGUGGGGGAUUGGCAGAGGAGACGACUAGCUGGGUCUAAUAGGGCGGGGGAUAUGAUGAGAGGGAUUCCUUCGGGUAGUACUGCUGGUGGUGGUGGUGGUGGUGGUGGUGAGGAGGAUGAGGGUGUGGAGGGGGAGCAGGAGAUGAUGGAGGAGGGCGUGCAGGAGGAUGAGAUUCAAGGGUUCGCGGACGAACGACCGCUGGCUUUCCGCACUCGACCUUUUGCGCCCGAGGAGGCAGAUGUGCAAGAUGAAGGGGCGAUGUUCAGUCGUGAAGGGAUGGCGCUGCCGAUUAGAGGUCGGAUGGAACGUGAUGCUAUGCAGCAGGUAUACGAAGAGGUACAUGAGCUGAGUGAGUCUGAGGCGGCGAUUGCACGAGCACAGACUAUGGGUGGAUCGUGGGGCUCUUUGGUUGGUGGUGGUGGACAGAACUUUGGUGACUUGUAG